AUGUUUUUGUUUAAGAAAAAGAAUAUAGACAAAUCCAAAGCACCAUCAAAUAAAAAACUAAAUUCAGUCUCAAAUGCACAAAAUGGCUUGGAAACAAAAUUAGAUAGAAAAACAUCGGAAGAUUCUGAAAAUAGUUCUAAAGAUAAAAAACUUUUUAAUAUUAAAAAAUUAAAAAUAUUUUCUCGAUCUAAAAAUAAAGAUAUACCAAAAGAUAAUAACAAAAUAAAUGUGAAUAAUAAUGAACAUAAUAAUAUAAAAAAUUUAAAAUUAAUUAACAAUAAAAAUGGGUUGUCUAUUAAAGGAAAUGCUUCCCCCGAUAUAUUGCACAAGGAUAGUCCAAUUUUCCCAAAAAGUCAACUCAGUAAAUCAAGCACAAAAAGUGAAAGCAUAAGAAGUGAAAGCAUAAGAAGUGAAAGCAUAAGAAGUGAAAGCAUAAAAAGUGAAAGUAUAAAAAGUGAAAACAAAAAAAGUGAUAGCAUAAAAAGUGAUAGCAUAAAAAGUGAUAGUAUAAAAAGUGAAAACAAAAAAAGUGAUAGCAUAAAAAGUGAUAGUAUAAAAAGUGAAAGCAAAAAAAGUGAUAGUAUAAAAAGUGAAGGUUUAAAAAGCAAAAAAUUUGGAAGCAUUUUCUCAAAAUCAAAAUCAUUCUUGUCUUUAAAUUCAGAUAAAAUGUCUUCUUCAUCAAAUGAAAAAAUAGAGGCCAAGACAAAGAAAGAAAAUAGUGUAACAUUAAAUUCGGUGGGUUCAAAAGAUUCCAAAAUAAAUAGCAAAGAAUUAAAUAAAAAUGAAAAAAGUAAAAAUUCUACAAUUAUGGAAAAAUUAACCUUAAAAAAAAUAUUUAAAUCGCCAUUUAAUAACACAACUAAAAAGACCCCAGAAAAUAACAAUAUAAAUGAAAUAACAGAUUUAAAAGAAAAAUUUAAGCAUGCAAAAAGUAUAUUUGAUAAAAAAAUUGCCCCUAAAAAAUCUAUUAAUAGUUCAAAUAGUAAAGACGACGAAGAUCCUAGUGAAAAAAGCAUAGUUCAAAAAAUUGAAGCCUUUAAUCUUAUAAAUCAAAAAAAAAAUGCAAAAAAUAAGAAUUUUUUUAUGAAAAAAAAACCAACUCUUAAUAAAGGCGACCCAAAAUUAAUCUUAAAAAAAAAAAGUAGUAAUAAUACAAAUUUAUUAAAUAAAGAACCAAGUGUAAACAAUAUGCAACCUCCUACAUCAACAAUUAUGUCUUCUGAAAUAAAGGAAAAGAAAAAAGACCUAGUAGAAAGAGCUAAUAAAAUUGAAAAUAAUCAACUUAAAGUAUCUAAAGAUUUAAAUAAUACAAAUGAUGAGUUAUAUAUAGGAAACCCUCAUACUAACCACAUUAUAAACAAACAAAUAAUGUUCAACGUUGAUCCCCCUUUUCUCUUUAAUGAGAAUUCAUUCGCUUUAUGCCCUAUCAUGCCUAUUGGUGACAUAAUUGAAAUGAUACAUACAAUAUAUGAACACAAUAGAGAGGAGUCAAUUAAAAAGAUGAACAAUUGCAAAGAAAAUAAUCAAAAGAUAUCGAGCACUUUGAUGGUUGCCCUCGGCGCCUUAGACGGAGACGAUGACUCGCUUACUUCCAAUUUGAACAAACGGAUGGAAUUGCAAAAGCAAAAUUUAAAGGAGGCAUAUGAAGUUGUUGAGUCAAUAAAUGAAAAUUAA